CAACCAACCAAGGAGGCUUGAAAAUCCCUCUGACAUCACGGGAGAGCAUCACUCCAUCUCGAAGCCGGUCAUCUUCCCGGUGUCAGGUGGACGGAUCAGCUUCUCGGCGGAGCAGGACAACCAGCUGGAUGAGUGAAGCAGCUGAUCGAGCUUGGAGAUCAGCGAACCAAACGACUUAAUGGGAUUAACACCAGGGAGCAUCCGCCCGGUGGCAACUUUUACAAUCAAAAUUCAGCCUACUCUUUUAUUUCCAUCGAGCAGAAUAACUGCUUUGGGAAGCGACUUUCUGUUGCAGUGAUAGGCCUACCUCACAGGCUGCUGCUCAGCAGAAUGCAAAAUGUGAGGCUGCAGAAGAAAGUUGAAAAUUCCACAGUCAGCUGCGUCAGUCUGCUGCGACUUGACUGUGAUCAUGUAGCCACUUUUUAGUUAUGAAUUCAGAAUAAUAUGCUAUUUGUAGAGGCCAUACGGGACACUUUAAGGAGUAGUUCGUAGUUUGCGAGGUGAACUCUCGCCGUGGGAUUAAGAAGGAUAAAUUUGCGCUCCUGGUCUUGUUCACGCCGUUCGCAGCUUCUGCAGUUCCAGCUAACAUGGCAAGACUACGCAGGAGAGCUUGCAUAGCACUGUUUCUCUUCACGCUAUUCAUCUUUGGGACCAUGAUGGGACUAAGGACCCUGAAACCCAGUGACGGCUUCUCGGAUCUGGCUCCGGGUUUGGAGCUCCUGCCGAUGCCAGGAGGGAAGAUGGACGGGCGCUCCGUGUCCCGCGAAGCCACCGCGUCCCCGGGCCAACCCCGUCCGGCUGGCAGCAACACCAAAGCAGUUUUGUUUAACUCCGGUCCCGAGGGAACCAUAUUUUAUGAUGUUCACAUUUUUUACUACACCUGCUAUGGCAACCCACAUAUGGACGGCAAGUACAUCCACUGGGAUCACAUCCUGGUGCCACACUGGGACCCCAAAAUCGCAUCUAGUUACCCGAGAGGGAGACACAUGCCGCCUGAAGACAUCGGCUCCAGUUUCUACCCCGAACUCCAUCCAUACAGCUCAAGGGACCCGGACGUGUUGGAGUCCCACAUGGAGCAGAUCGGGGCAUCUGCUGCAGGGGUUCUGGUCCUGUCCUGGUAUCCUCCUGGUCUGGCUGAUGACAACGGGGAACCUGCUGAGGAUUUGGUACCAGCUGUACUGGAUGCUGCAUAUAGACACAACCUCAAGGUUGCAUUUCACAUCCAACCAUACAGAGGGCGAAGCGACCAGAGUGUGCAUGACAACAUCAAAUACAUCAUUGACAGGUACGGUGACCACGGGGCCUUCUACAAGUUUACUUCCAGCACAGGGAAGAGUCUUCCUCUAUUUUACAUCUAUGACUCCUAUCUAACUCCUCCAGAGUCCUGGUCUGAAUUUUUGACUCCCACUGGCUCUCACAGUGUACGCGGCUCAGCAUACGACUCCAUCUUCAUUGCCCUGAUUGUGGAGGAGCGCCACAAGCAUGACAUCCUUGCAGGUGGCUUUGAUGGCAUGUACACUUAUUUUGCGUCCAAUGGCUUUUCCUUUGGCUCUUCUCACCAUAACUGGAAGGCCAUCAAAGCUUUCUGUGAUGACAACAAUCUCCUCUUUAUACCCAGCGUGGGACCUGGUUAUAUUGACACCAGCAUCCGCCCAUGGAACAACCACAACACACGCAACCGUGUGAAUGGUCGUUAUUACGAAACAGCCCUGCAGGCGGCACUGAACGUGCGUCCGGAGAUCAUCGCUAUCACAUCUUUUAAUGAGUGGCACGAGGGGACACAGAUAGAGAGGGCGAUGCCUAAGAAAACAGUGACGCGUGUUUAUCUGGACUAUCAGCCACAUGGACCUGAUCACUACCUGGAGCUAACCCGCCACUGGGCGGAGGAGUUUAAUAAAGAGAAGGAGCAGUGGCUCAUGUGAGCUUUCCUCAAAGUGACUUGAAGCAGCAUGCUUCAGGAGGUGCGUGUGCACAUGAAAGACCGUAGAAAAGUGUAGCGAAUGUAGAAACUGAUCAGUAUAGAUAUGAGCGCACAAGGACAUGCAUUUACAUUUAACUUGCCUAGAUGUGCGAGUUUCUAUAAGUGUGUGUACAUACAGACAGGUGACAAAGGAGCAGUCUCUUCCAGAACAGUGCCUCCACCCACAGGGCAUGAGGGGUCACUGAAUGGUUUGAUGAGUAUAAAAAUGAUCAGCUCUCAACCCAACUGAGCAUCUACAGUAGAUUUUGGACUGAUGUAUCGGACAACACUCUCCACUACCACCAUCAAAACACAAAAUGAGGGAAUAGCUUUUAGAAGAAGGAUCUUCAUCCCUCCAGCAGAGUUCAGAGACUUGUAAAGUCAAUGCUAUGAUGCAUUGAAGCUGUUCUGGCAGCACACGGUGCUCAACACCUUGCUAAGACAUUUAAUGUUGUGUUUUCCUUUGUUGCCUUCCUGUAUAGCUGCAAGAAUAGGAUGCUGUGUCUUACAAAGUUAAAGAAAUAGUUCAGUAUCUUUGGAUAAACUUUCCAGUGGAUAGGUCAUCGACACCACUCAUACCUGUCCCUUGAAUAUGAAGCUACAACCAGCAGCUUAACUUGGCAUAAGGAGUCAAAUGGUUAGCCUGGUUCUGCCCAUUGCUAACAAUCGGCCUACUAGCAUCUCUAAAGUUUACAAACUAAAAUGUGUUUACACUGCACAAAAAGCUUAAUGUAAUGUCAAAUUGUAGUUUUAUAAGGGCUUAUUUGCUGGACUAUUUCUUGGCCAGGUGAAGUAACUAUAUGGAGUCAGUAACCACAGAGUCACAGGUAAACUCUUGGCAAGAGCACAUUUAUUUCCUAAUAUGUGGAACUAUGCUGUUUCAUUUCAAGUCAUACAAUAUAUUUAAAUAUGGUUUCAUAUCAUUUCAGAUUUUUGCAACUGUUAAAGGUUCCAGUGGUGAAAAA